CACAACUACUGUGAACAACUCUAGUCUUGUCAAAAUGAGGGUUUUGGCUUUUACAAUGAUGACCAUAUUUCUCGCUCCAAUCACUUACGCCGCAACGAUUGAGGGCGAUAAAAAUUACUUCAACGAAACCCUAAAAAGCCGGGGUGACGGUCAGUUGUUUCAAAACCGAUUCAUUGUGUAUCAAAUUCAAAUUCCUGCGACAAUUGGGGUUGACCAAGGGUUCAAUAUGAUUAGUAUUUUAUAUGAUACCGCACUUGAAACCACGGUUUCAGCCACCGCCUUGUACAGCAUGGAUAACACUAAUCAAGGAACGCGUCCUCCGUCACACAAUUGGAGACGUUUUGACGAUGAAGUCGAUUGUAGUCUUGGGGCCCCUUAUCCUACAGGUUAUGAGCGAGGGCACUUGAUUCCUUCUUGCUACUGGCAAUGGACUCCGUCUGUCCGUUUGGCCACUUUUUACUGUCUCAAUCAAGCCCCACAAAAUAUAAAUCUUAACCGCGGAUGGUGGUCUCACACAGUGGAAGUAGAGCUUGCCGCCCUUGCCAAGCAACGUAAUGGCUUCAUAAUGACGGGCGUAUCGGAGGCAACUCUCGACACGGUUUCCGGUCAUCGUAUCCCAUUAUAUUUCUGGAAGCUUGUAUGCACCUGGAACCCUACCACUGGACAAGCCGAAGUUUAUGGUUAUUAUGCACGCAAUGACGCUACAACUGAUGUGCGGGUGUGUGGAUCACAAGCCACCAUUGCACAAUUUGCUAUGGGGCCGAACUAUCGUGCCAUGCUGGGAAUUGCGUGGGCCCUUGCAGACGCUGAUUUGCGGGGUAACAGAAAUAUUAAUGGCGCCCUUCCGACCGGGUUGGACUGCGCUAAUGCGGUGGAACUCCCAGCGGGAGUUUGUCUUCGUCCGUAUUCCGAUUUCGACCAGUGCAGCCAAAAUUGUUGUGUGGACGAGGAGGAGUAAGUAAUGAACGACAUCAAUUGUGAAAUAUGUAUAUAAAUAAUCAAUUAUGCAAUUAAGGUUAAUUAAUGAAAAUGAAUAUAUAUUACACCCUUUAUGUGAGUCCAAUAAAAUAGUCUUUAGCAAGUAC